AAUGGUCCGCUCUCAGCUUACUAGAGCGAGUGAGUGAGCGAAUGCAGUCGUCUGUUGUUAUGCGGAAGGGAAAAGGGGGAUUGCUAACAGAUAUGGGGGGACCAAAAUACAGACACAUACUGACAAAGUGGAUGCUGCAAAAUCCAUUUGCAGUUGCUUUUCAUCAUUACGUUUUUUGUUGCUAUAGUUGGAGCCGGUCCGUUUGCUAUAAGCCACAACAAAAUUGAAUGUGAUCGACGAACAUACGAAUUGUAACCGAAAAUAGCAACAGAGCAGAGCAGAGUUUAACCAAAAAAGUUAAAAAAGCGAAGGCAUAACGAAAACGCGAAAGUUAAAAACAAAACUAAGAGAAAUCAAGAGUGAAAGGAGACGCACAGGGUACAGAUAAUUAAAUCGCCCAAAUAGACUUUUGUCUGAAUACCGCCAAUCCGUACGCAUUCAGAGUAAAACGCUUGGCAUAGCAGACGCGUGCGUCCAUAGGUAGCUGCUUGUUUUGGUCAUAGAAGGUGAAGAACACAACUCUGACAGUUGUCAGUUGCAUUGGAAUUUCGCGUAACGCACUGGCAAGAACGUCAAUCAACCGUAGUAGCAGCCGUUGUCGUUGCAGAGAAAAUGACGUUUUAUCAGCGGUCAAUAGGCGCAGCAGCAAUAGAAACAUUUCAAGCAACAUAUUUGUAAACUCAUUUAUAAAUAGACGACGACGACGACGACAAGAACGUAUAGAAUUCGCCAAAUACGCAAAACGAGCAGAUUGGUUUUGUGUUUUAUUCGGGAAAUUUUGAAUAUCUGAAGUACCACGGAGCAAAGAAGCAAAGCAAGCAGUUAGUUGCAGUCAAAGGCAAAUAUAGAGAUAUUGGCAGAGGCAGUGAGAAAAAGGCGCGUCAUUGCACGCAAUAGAAUCCAGUGCAGCAGAGAGUGACAGUCAAGCAACACUCUCCUCAUACACCGCUCGACAAGCUGGCGGUAUAGUUUUCCUCCCUCUUUGUUAGUGUACGCGCUCGUGUAUAUAUGUAUGGCACAGCUUGUUGAUGAUGCUAUUGCAUCCAUAAUUCGCGUAUAAAGCAACUCAACGCAAAUCUAGUAUAGAAGUUUGGAAAAGAAAUUGAAUUGAAUACGAGCAGCAGAAGUUUAGAAAUUUUGGAUUUUUACGGCUAAUACAAGAUGAAGCGACGCAAUGCCGACUGCGGCAAACUACGACGACCAAUAAAGCGUAAUAAAAUUACAGAAGGCAUGUAUGGCAGCGCAACUGUCCUGUACAUGAAAUUCCUUGUACUUUGGGCCAUUGUGAUAACCGCCGAUUUUAUGUUUAUGUUUCGUUUCGAGUUUUUAUGGCCUUUUUGGCUACUUUUACGAUCGGUGCAUGACUCAUUUAAAUAUAAAGGAUUGGCAUUUUCUGUGUUAUUCGUAUGCAUUGCAAUAACAUCCGAUUUGGUAUGUUUGUUUUUUAUACCAGUGCACUGGUUGCUAUUCGCAGCGAGCACUUACGUCUGGGUGCAGUACGUAUGGCAUACAGACAAGGGCAUAUGCUUGCCUACAAUAAUACUUUGGAUGCUCUUCGUUUACCUAGAAGCAGGCAUCAGAUGGAAGGAUGCACGUCACAUGCCGCAUUUGGAUCUGUGUCGUCCCUUCGCCGCGCAUUGUAUUGGCUAUCCGGUGGUCACACUGGGCUUUGGCUUUAAAAGCUACAUAGGCUAUCGAAUGCGACAGCGUAAACAACGUGAAGUUGCGAAAGAGAAUGAAUUUUAUAUGCAAUUAUUGCAACAAGCCCUGCCACCGGAGGAAACAACAGACGAUCCAGCGACGACACAACUGCCUGCUGUUACCGGUGCCACAUUGCCGGCGGUAACCGCUGGUCCCGGUAGUAGCAGUGUGCCAACGGCACAAAAUGCACAAAUCUCCUCCGCUUCUUCCCAUGCGACAGCAGCAGUGACGGCGGCAAUUAGCAACGCAUUAAAUGCAUCCAACAGCUCCAUCACCACAAAUUCAACCACAUCAGCUGCUUGUAGUGCGCUCGCAACGGCGAAUGGUUUGCUCGCAUCAGCGGCAGCAGCAGCCACAGCAGCGGCUACAGCAGCAGCAGCGGCGGCAGCUGCAGCAACGUGUAGUAGCAAUAGUACGAAUAUAAGUACGCAAGCACAAAACCAUCAUCAUCAUAAUCAUCAACAACAAAAUCAUAAUCAUCAUCAACAGCAGCAGCAGCAAAGCCAUCAUCAUAAUAAUCACAAUCAAGUGUCGGCAUCCACGUCGUCACCGCUCGAUCAUCACAACAGCCACAGUAAUGCCAAUAGUAGUGGAGCAAGUGGUGGUAUUGGUGGUAGUGGUAGUAAUAGUGGGGGUGGCGGCGGUGGCAAUUAUAAUAUUAGCAGUUUAUUGGCAAAUGUAGCAGCAGCAGCAGCGAACGCGUCAACUGGCAUAGGUGGUGCGUCCGCAACGCUUGUUGAUGAUAAGAAUUACUUACAAAUUAACAGUGGCGGCGGCGCUUCCAUAGCAGCAACAGCAGCAGCGGCAAUUACUAAUGGCAAUAACGCUGGUUCUAAUGCUGGUUUUGGUGGUGGUAGUAGUGGUGCCACAUCUAAUGGUCACAUUGGUGGCAAAAGCCACCGUCGCAGCAUGGAUAAAGAGAAUAAGGGCAGGGGCAGCGGCGGUGGCGGUGCGGGUGAUGCAGAUUCCAAACAUAACAAGACCAACAACAACAACAAUAGCUUUCAAGCGGCUGCGGAUAGCGUCAAUGGCAGCAACAAUAAUCCCGGAAAAGAUCGUAGCGAUUGGGAGACGGGCAGUAAUUGUCAGGUGCAUCCGACGCAUCAUCAGCAAACAAAAGAGAAAAGUGAUGAUCACCGGACGUCGAAGAAACCCAAUUCACAUAGCACUUCCGGUGCGACGUCGCCAACGGCGAAUGGCAAUGUUUUGCAGUAUGACGUCGAUGAUGUUGUAGUGGAGCCAGUCGAACGCACUAAAGGACGUCGCAACCGUGCACGCAAGGAUAAUGCUUCCAAGGACAAUCAUCACAACAAUUCGCAUAAUAACAGCAGCAAUGCGAACAACUCCAAUUCUCACUCGCAGAAUCAUCAUCAACAAAGCAACAGCAACAACAACAACACUACUAGCAGCACCAGCAGCGGCAACAGCAAAGAUGCUACAACAACUCAAAACCAUAAUGGUACUAGUAAUCACAACAACUCCGAUGCCUCAUCGGUAUCUUCAUCCACCUCAUCAGCCAGUUCCACAUCAUCUUCAUCAUCGUCCGGAGCGUCGGCUUCAGCCUCGUCCACCAUCUCGCAUAUAGCCUCAAAAGUGGUCUCAAAAAUCUGUGAAUCAUGUCUCAAACUCGAAGCGGACGUUAAGAAGUACCGCGCGGAAUUGAGUCACAUGAAGCAAAUCGAAAAUGAACUGCGUCAGAAGCUCGAGUCGAAUUUGACUACGAAAUCCUGUUUGCAGGCCAAACAGAAAGAGUGCGACGAGUUGGAGAAACGCAUACAGGAGCUCACGAAUGGCCGGCACGCCGAUAUGCUGCAGCUGCAGACAAUCGAGCGACGCUUGGCGGAGGAGCGUCGCCAAAAGCAGUCGCUAGACGCACAAUUGAAUAACGAGAAGAAAGCCCGCAAAAUUGCCGAAGAGAAGGCCGCUCGGCCGGAAUGUAGUACGCAAUGCAAGCAACGUAAGCAGCAAAUGGACGAAGAGAUCAAGCAGCUGCGGCGCGAUCUGAAAUUAGCCGAGGAGGCGAAACAGAUGGCCGAACAGCAUGGUCGCAAAUGGGAGCAGGAGUUGCGCAUGUUCGAGGCUGAGAUACGUAAUCGGGAUUCAGCGCAGCCUGGCACAGAGAUGCUGAUGAAUGCAUUGGCCGCGAUACAGGACAAGAACUGUACGCUCGAAAAGAAUCUUUCAGCCGAGACGAGAGUUAAGCUGGACUUAUUCUCAGCUCUGGGCGACGCCAAGCGGCAACUGGAGAUAUCGGAAAGUCGCCGUCGCGCCAAGGAGGAUGAAGUGCUUGAUUUAAAGGCGAAAAUAGCUCAAUUGCUCUGCGUCAUGCCCACAGAUCAACUGCUGCCUGCUUGCGGUUCGGCCAGCGCUAGUUCGAUGUUACGCAUGAAUGAUACGCCACCGCUGCAAACAGGUCCCGGACCAGCUUCGCCGAUGCUCAGCAGUCUCAGUGCUGCAGCAGCGGCGCAACAAGUUGCGGCGGCGGCAGCAGCAGCAGCAGCAGUGGCCGGACAUCCGCUGUCGGCACGCGUCGGUCCACAGAAUUCAGUGGCCGAUUAUGGUGUGCAGCAAGCGCCGUCCGAUUACGUAACGGCUCAACAUCAGCACCAGCAGCAUCAGCAGCAGCUCCAUCAACAGCAGCAGCAACACCAACAGCAUCAGCAGCAGCAACAACAACUGCAUCAGCAACAACAGCAGCAGCAUCAACAUCAACAGCAUCAGCAUCAACAACACCAGCAGCAGCAGCAGCAGCAACAACAGCAACAGCAAGUGCCCGUUUCAGUGGCCACGGCUGUGUUUGUGUCGGCGUCUUCUCCAGGCGGCAGCGGUGGUGGUGGUAGCAGCGGCUCUAGCCUCGACCCUAAUGCGACUGUAUAUACGCCGAAAGGUGGGCCAGGUGCACCGGGUAGCGGUGGUGUUGGCGUGUCGGUGGGUGGCGCUGGUGAUGCCUGACAACACCCUGCAUCCGCAGGCACCGUUAGCCAUUUGAUGCGACGUAACGUUUGAGAUUGAGAUUAUUAUUUAAGUUAUUGAUGCAUCCUCAAUAGACACUGCAAGAUAAACAAAAACAUCCGCAGAAAAAACAUCUAAUAUAAAUAGAACUAUUUGCAAGAUAUUUUAAAAAACAUUUAAAGCGUGUGCUGGCGGUAAUUUGGUUGGUCGGUGAACGUUUGAGGCGGGCAUCAGCUUGCCAGCCAAUAGCAGCGGUCAGAGCAAGUGCAAAUCACUGCAGAUGAAAAAAUUGAUAAACAAAAACAAAAAAAAAAAGAAUUAUUACAGAGCAAAUGAUAAACACUCAACAACAACAACAACCAACAUGAACAUGGACAUGAAAAUGCAAA